AUGGCGCAAGCUUCCACCAUUGAUCAAAACGAACAACAACAUGAAGACAGCGACUCAAGGUAUACCGACAUUUUUAACGCAGUAAGGAACGGGACUGAAGAGCAAGUGAGAAAUUUUUUGUCACAACUAAGAAGUAUAAACACCACCGUUAGAGAAAUAAACGAAAAUGGAGAGGAAGAUGUGGGUGAGAGACCAUCUUACAGACAGAAGCUUCUUAAAGCUCUCGGAGAAAAAAACACUGGUGAGGUAUGGAGCCUUAUUGCAAAAGGUGAAGAAGAAGAAGAAGAAGAGAUAAAGACUCUAGAAACGCUUAACAGUAUCUGCGAAACUGUUGCGGAACACCAGCGUCUGAGGGAAGCUGGUCUUUUCAGCUGCAUGCUGGGCAAACUUCAGAGCCAAAUAAGAUGCAACGGUCCAUGUGGAUGUGGCCGAAGCGGACGUGAACGGGAAGGAGAGAAUUACCAAACACAACUGGAACGCGAAGAGGAACAACAGUGGAUAGACAUACUUUCCGAUCCACUGUAUAUCGGCUUGAAUUGGUUAUGGACGACCAACCCAAACGGUGGAUCACCGACCUCUCCUAAUCAACAUGGAACAAAGAGGGAAGACGUCAUUGAAGGUGCACUGCACGAUGCUAAUCUCUUGGAGAAAAUUGCUCUGUACGAGCAUCAUUACAGCCGAGACGAGUACACGAGGCGAGCAGAAGCAUAUGAAAAAUUUGCCAUUGAUGUUGUUGAAGGAAGUACUUGGGACCAACUCCUUCACAUAAUGGAUGACAAGGGAACUGGAUGUCUUAUAACGAAAAGGCCAGGUGAUUUUAACCAGAGUCUGAGUCUACUCAAGACUGCUGCUGAUAAAGAAAGAAAGCUGGUAUGUAUGGCUUUAUUACUUAUAUGCCCUUCCAAAAUUCAACGUUCGUUUGCGUUUCUUAGUUUUCAUUUGACUUUUGUUGUCGCAGAUUCCCAGGACAGUUUCAGUAGACAACUUUGGAGUUUAGAAAUGUAAUUUCUGGUUUUCAGAUGACGACGUCAUCAAAAUUCAAAACUAAAGAAUUAUAGGUCCUCUUUCAUGAAGCAAUUAGAGCAGUUGAAAACUAAUAUUUAUACAAAUUUGCGCUUUGAAAGGACUCUUUUUUUUGUUAUAGAGUGCGUUUGCAUAAUUCCUAAGCAUGACGCGGGGUGUAUGUAAUCUACCUUACAGACAUGAAAAAAAUAAAAUAAUAAAAAAAAAAAUAACAAUAAAGUCACUUUGCAUACAUAACAAAAACGGCUAACUUUUUUGUUAUGUCUAUAGGCUGAGAUUAUUGCAUAUUUAGCCGUUGUCUAAACACCGACGCGGUACUGUUUACAUGACGGCCGAAGGAGCUGUCACGUAGAUUAAAAAAGUGACUUGUUUCAGUUCUUGUAUUAGAAAACUAUUACUUUAAUGUUUGUGAGUUCCUCGAGAAAUGGAUAGACCUAUUCGGCUAUUAAACUCAAUGUUGUACCCAAUUCAAAUCGCUCGUGAUCAAAGUUCUUUGUGUCUUGUAUUUGGAUUAUAAUGUGGCAUUCUCAUUUAAAUGAUGUGAAAAUUCCUGAAACAAAACGUUUUAUUCCCAAAGGUUUUGAAUUGGGUACAACACUGAGUUAGCCGAAUAGGUCUAUUCACGCUUUCGUAACAAAUCUCAGUAACAGAUGUUUCUGUUGGUUUGCCGUUUCUGCAUUGGUGCCCAUGCGGUUCGGCACACGACGUCUCCAUACAAGUCUCCAUAAAUUUGGGUAAGACAUUUCGCAGGAUAUCUCGCAUAUUAAAAACUGCUCUGACCUUAAUGUUUGCGAGGGUCUUUGCAUGCAUAUUUACCUUCUUUCAUUUCUCAUAUUCUGGACUUAAUCUCAAUAGGCCAUUUUACAGUUAUGGAUGGAAGCGAGGCUGAGGGUGACCUUGUUUUGAUACAAACCUUCUUUGCUUUGUUAUGGAAAUUGUUCUUGAAAAAUACUGGUUAGCAUGGGAAUAACUUGAUUUACAUAAUAAAGCAGGAAGGUUUGUAUCAAAACAAGGUGACCCUCAGCCUGGCUUGCAUACACAACUGUAAAAUGGUCUAUUGAACGAUUUUUAUUUUGAUCUUGCCUAGUCCCUGGACCGCGUUUUCCCAGGCCUUCUCGGUCAAUCUUCUUCGCUCGGACCACGUGACCCGAAAGGAACUAAGGCAAAUUUUAAUCUAUUUUGAAUGGCGCGUCACUGAAAACCAGCAGUACCCACCAAAAUUCAACGCUCGUUUGCUCUUCUUAGUUUUCAUGUUUAUUGUCGCAGAACAGGAGGGCAUUUUGCAUGCGCAUGCGUGCAUCCGCUGAACGACAAUAGCGUGGGCGCAUCAAAUCUGAUGGCGGGAAAUCGAAACUCGCGUAAAGGUACGGUCCUUUUAAAAGCCAUUUCGUUCGUGCAUUGAAUAUUGUACUUUCCUACAAAAAAUAUUCUCCAUGACAAAAAUCGGACGUUUUCUACGCGGGUUUUUCACUUGUAGAUUUUUCAGCAGUAGGUCUUCUUGGCCGUUUAAAGUCUUUCAAGACUCAACGCCAAAAAGUCAUGUUCCUGUACAAGUCGUAUUUUCAUUGGCAAAGCAAUACAUUUCUAUGGUUUGAUUUCCAAACUCGUGGUUUUACUUAUCAAGGGGGAAAUGCAUCGUAGCAAUGUUCAGCUGUUUUACAUGUAGGACUAAAAGCGAAAAAAAAAAAAAUUACCACGCGAGGUUUAUUUAUUAGCGCGAUGUCUCACGUUAAACUGAUCACGGAGACACGCGUUUAUAUAUGCCACAAAAACAUGAAAUCUAUGGGAUUUUUUUACAGUUUUUCGAAAGUUUUGCGGAAAACUUUAUGAAAAAUAUUCUACAAGAAAUGAACUUAGAAUGGAUUUAGUUUGAGACAGCAACAAUUACAAGUGAUUAUGUACUACAUAAGCACUUGAGCAUUUCAUAAGCUCAGUUGCAGGCAAAACGAAUGCACAUACCCCGCAAAAACGAACAAUACUUUUAUUUUUCUUUAACUCUAAAAGAUACAGAGAUUGUUCCCAAGCUACUAUUUUGAAGCGACUCUUGAGUAACAGCUCCUGUGUUCCACAAUCGAUUUCUUGUUAUUUAUCUAUAUUUGAUGACAGGAGUGAUCCAUUCAAAACAGAGAAUGACCAUCACUCCAUAAAUCAAACUGACGAUGUUGUUCACUUUCAAAGCCUGUUUAAACAUAAGACAAGACGUUUGUUAAAGGGGUGCAUAUAAUGCUGUUUCCUCAAAAAAUAAAUGCUACUGCUAGAGGACCCAAAUGAGCUGGGAUGCGACAACAAACAUUACACAAAUGGAUGGAGUGAAUUUGUCUGUUAUUAAUGUUUCUGUUGGCAGUUUUUUACUGUAUCCAGAUGAACCCCUUAUGUAAGUUGUACAUCAUGGAAGAAUUAUAUAGCAUAAACUGAUGCAUUAAACAAGAAUGUGGUUCAAUACAGAGGAGAAGCUGUUCUCAUUCAACUUCAUUUGUGAAUAAAAUGUCUCACAAAUUAGCAUAUCAACAAAUGUAGUAUCCACAAAUGGUAUCAUUUACGAAUAAGUGCAAUUUUUUUGCAACAGAAGCCAGGAUUUAUUUAAAAGGUGUAUUGAUAACGUUUCAUUUCGUACUAUUUUGGGGUUGGGGAGUUGGGCUAGAUUUUCUUUACAACGCCAAAGUGUUAUAUCUAUUUGCAUAAUAAAAUGUAUACAAACAGUGUACCAUCAAAAUAAGGUGGAAAAAGUCAGAAUUCAAACCGAUUGCUGUAAUUUUUUUCCUUUGUAUAACUAAAUGAUAGAAUAUUCUUAUUUUCAAAACACAAUCUUACUGGCAUCAUUAUAUUGAUUUAAAUUUGUAGUUGAAGUGCGUGUAUUUUAUUUCUCAACGAAGACGUACCGGUGAAAAAAGCUAAAAUUACUACAGAAAGCGAUUUUUCACAGCCUUCAUCAAAGCGCCAUUUAUUCGGGGAAGUAUUCUUAGUUUCAUCAGUCAUUAACUUAAUUUGGGGAGAAAGGCAAGAUUUCGAAAUAAACAAGCCAGCGAAAGGGUGAAAAACAGUUUCACGGCAGAAUGGACACUUAAUUAACCACUGUAUUCCUGAAACGAUAAAGUUCGAUUUUAAAUUUACACUAUUGAGAAGAAUUAAGUGUCUGUAGGAUAAUUGUUUAACGAAAAAUUAGCAUACUGACCUUUUCCUCCUGCUCAAAAAAUGUGCACGAAAUGUUAGGUCGUAAGAACAUUCAGCCGCCAGCUUGUCUUCGAUGCACUGUUUUACGAAAGGAAAGACUGUCCUCUCAAGGGCGACAGCGAGGCUACAAUAAACUCACUUUCAUCCUAGAAAUACCACGAUACCAUGUUUGUGGAACGUAGCACCCAAUACACGUCAUUCAGCUCCAGAAAACAGCCUGCAAAUGCUGGUACUGAACGCAAUCAAUUCACAUAAAAUGCCUCUGUGGCACUUCAACAGCCCAUAUUGACGCAUGCGCAUACAAAAUGCCCUUCUGUUUUGUCGCAGAUUCCUCGGACAGUUUAACAAGCUAGACAAGUUUGGAGUUUACAAAUGCGAUAGCCUGCGUAUAGCUGUUGUUUUUUUGAUGUGUUUUUCGUUUAAGAUUCGCAUUUAUACGGCCGCGCGCGAGGUCCGAGAUAAAGCGACGGGGGAGGAUAGCGAGGGAGCUGAGGGAGAGAGAGAGAAAGUUUGGCUUACCCGUAAUAAUUUACUUGUGGUCCUAAGUCCUUAUGAGUAGUUUUGGAAGCGAUUUCAAUCAGAUCAAUGACAGACAAGUAUUAUGACUUACCAGGGUGAUUAAAAUAAUUAAGCAAAACCUCGCCGAAUUCCACUGUUUGAAAAGCAAGCCUUCGUCCUGAAUAUCCGCGUACAUUAGAGCGGGUGUCCGGCCAAUUAAACGAUGAACUAGCGUUGAAUGGAUAGCGGACGUCGCGUUGUAAAAAGAGCCUACAAUUGCAAGAGAACUUUCCCCGCUAUUACAAGAG